AUGAAGGGGGAGCCCGGUAUUGGAGGCUUCAAAGGUGAACAGGGCCCCAAAGGUGAACCCGAGCUAGGAGCAGCAGGACCACUUGGGCCACCUGGGGAAAGGGGAGCCCCUGGAAAUCGUGGUUUCCCAGGUCAAGAUGGAUUAGCUGGUCCCAAGGGUGCUCCUGGGGAACGUGGUCCUCCUGGCCUUGGGGGUCCCAAAGGAGCUGGUGGAGAUCCUGGACGUCCGGGAGAGCCUGGCCUGCCUGGUGCUAGGGGUCUCACUGGUCGUCCUGGUGAUGCUGGGCCUCAGGGCAAAGUUGGCCCAUCUGGUGCCCCAGGAGAAGAUGGACGACCGGGCCCUCCUGGUCCACAAGGUGCCCGUGGUCAGCCAGGCGUGAUGGGUUUCCCAGGCCCUAAAGGUGCUAACGGUGAAUCGGUGCCGGGUGAGAAGGGACUUCCCAUGCCCUGGUCUACUUCUAGUAAGGUCUUCCUGGUAAAGAUGGUGAAACAGGAGCAGGUGGGCCACCUGGACCUUCAUCUGAUGCAGAGUUCUCCUGUUCAAACACUGUUUUGUGUCGUUUUGAUUGUUCUUAAGGAAAGGUGUCCCACGGAUGUCAUCCCGGAGCAAGGGCCCUUUCCUGCCAACCUAGAGUACUGGCCCCAGAAGCUGCGAGAGUGA